CGCUACUUCUAUACCGGUGUGACCGAGCCCAGUGAGGGGCAGCCUGCAUUCGUGGCCGUGGGGGAGGUGGAUGGACAGAUCAUUGAUCGUUAUGACAGUGAGAUGCGGAGAGAUGAACCCCGUGCAGCCUGGAUGCAGCAGGAGGGUCAGGAGUACUGGGACAGGCAGACCCAGAUUCUACACGGCACCCAGCAGGUUUUCCAUGACGACCUGGACACACUGCAGAAACGCUACAACCAGAGCGGGGACUCGCCCGUUCCCACGGCUGGACCCAACGCGGCUCCUCCCGUCCCGCCGCGCGGGGCAGCCGGGCCGGGCGCGGCGCCCGCUUCGCGCUUUCGCUUUCGCCGCUUCGCCACCUUCGCCUGGAUCUGCCUGGCACCCGGUGACGUCAUGAGAGGACCCGCAUCACCAUUGGCAGGAAGGACGGCGCCCAGCCAAUGGGAGCGCGGGGCGGGAGCGGGACGGGCGUGGCGCGGGGUUGUCCCUCGGCGCCGCUCCCUGUGA